ACAUGUGAGAGGAAGCUGUUCUGAGAGCUUGCUUGGUCCCCGGAAACAGUAUUGGGAGCAUAACGGGCUUGUUUUUACGUUUGCCUCUAAUUUAGCUGCUUUCCAGCUCCGCUUAUUGACCUAACACCGCAGUAUUGCUGUCGACUGAUUAAAAUCUGCAGCGCAGGUACAGCUACGAACUCCAACUAAUGGCAGCCGCUCGGAGCUGAAGCGAUGCAAGUGUGUGUGUGGAGGUCUGAACACGUCGUGAGUUGUGGCACCCCUUUAGCCCCUCUUUGUGGUGGUUUCAGAAGACUGGUCUAAGAACUGUGAAACAGCAGAAGUUUGAAGACAGACUAAGGAAGGUGCCGUCUUCGUUCAUCAAAGUUUAGAUAGGAGCUUCAAUCAGCUCCUUCAUGCAAAACCCAUAAUGUGUGACAUUACUGCAGAGUUAGCUUUGGCGGAUGUGAAGGAAGAAGUUUCUUCAGAGCCACGCCCAGAACCUUUGUUCUUAAUCCUGCCCCCACCGCCACCUUUCUCUCUGGUCCCAGGAGAACUCACCAUGCCCUGGCCAAAAUGGCUUAAAGCUUUUGAACACUACACUCAAGCAUUCAGUGAAAAAGCAUUUGGUGAAAAAGAUAUGGAGGACUCCAGUAAGCUGGUGCUUUUACGAAGUUUCCUGGGCCAAGAGGGACAGAACGUCUAUUCAACUCUGAUCAGGAAUCAGGCUACGUAUGCGAUUGCUAUUUCAGAACUCACUGCUCAUUUUGGCUCUGAUUAUUCCACUCAGGCGCACCGCCUUAAGUUCCACCAAAGGGUUCAGAUGCCUGGAGAGACUGUAGAUGAGUUUGUUACAGCCCUAAAAAAUCUUCUGAGGCUUUGUCAGUAUGGAAGGUACAAGAACAAACUUCUACUAGAUCAGCUGAUUGAGAAAACAAACAAUCUGCAGCUCAGAGAGAAGCUUCUGAUGAGGAAAGACCGUCUAACCUUGGCCAAGGCUCUGACUAUUGCUAAAGAGGUAGAACCUUCUUCAAGUGGUUCUCAGCAGUUGGAUUUUGAUGAAGUGAGUGUGGAUAUUGGAGAGGAUUUAGAGACUCCUGUUCAAAUUAAGCGCAAAAGAGGAAGACCUCGGAUCGGGGAAGAAAAGGUUAAAUUUAAAGCACCUGUGGCGGCACCUCAACAAAAGCUCAAAAGAGGAAGGCCUCGACUUGGGGAGAAAAAGGUUACAUUAGAACAUCUUGUGACUGAGCAUCAACAAAAGCGCAAACGAGGAAGACCCCGGCUUGGUGAGAGAAAGGUUAUAUCAGAACUACUUGUGACUGAAGCCCAAAGAAAAUCUGACAAAAUCAAAAAUCAGAACUCUCACAGCAAUGAUAUAUGUUAUAGUGGUAGUGAAGGUAGAUCCCAGGCUUGUGAUGAACUAGAUAAUGCUAUCACCUCAUCACCUCAGAUGAUGGAAGAUGAAAAAAGCAACCAGUCAAGUUGCUGUGCCGAAGACAAUGAUGACAGUAAAGAUGAAGACUUCUUCCCUCCUUCAACUAAGGGAAAAGACCUUUGCUGUUCCAUCUGCAUCAACAAGUAUUUCAAAACAGUGGACAAGCUCAACAGACACAUGAGGACACACACGGGUGAGAAACCAUUCAAAUGUCUUCUCUGCGAUCUCACAUUCAGUCAGUCUUACCACAUGACCAGACACAUGAGGAACCAACAUGCUGCGGGCCCAUAUAUUUGCCCCACUUGUGGGAUAAGCCUGGAAAGCCUGGCAGAGUUAUUUAAACACAAGAAGACGCACAAGCCACAAAUCCUUUACUGCCCUGACUGUAACGAAAUCUUCUUAAACAAUGAAGAUCUUCGUAAUCAUGUGAAGUCACACAAGAAAGACCUGUCUUCCCAAACAGAGGGAGAAUGCAGUCAACAACAACCUCAAUGCAUUGAAGUGAAAACUGAAACUGAAUUAUCCGAUAUUUCUGCAGAAGCUUGUGAAGCUGCUGAGAGCCAUUGCCUGACUAAGGGUGUCAACUCAGAUACUAACUCUGAAAAAGUUGUACUAAAGAAAACUAGAGACAAUUCUUGUCCCAUUUGUGUUGGGAGGCGCUUCAAAGGCCCAAACAAACUUGCUAGACACAUGAGGACCCACACAAAGGAAAAACCUUUCAGUUGCCCCGUCUGCAACAAGACGUUCAGCCAGUCCUAUCACAUGACACGUCAUGUGAGAAUUCAGCAUGGUCUAGGGCAGUACAUCUGCCCUCACUGCGGGAAGAGUUUCACCACCUGGCUAGAACUAAAAAUACACAAAAGGACUCAUGCUCACAUUGAUCUUUUUUGCCUUGCAUGUAAUAAGCAGUUCAAAGAGAAGGGUGCACUAGAAAAGCAUCUUAAACUACACAAAGCGGUUGAGCCCAGCCCUCGAAGCCUCAUCUGUGGUGAUUGCGGCAAAGAAUUUGGCCGCUCGUAUCAUUUGAAGAGGCACAUCAUGUCUCAUCGUAAAGCUGCAAAGUCUGACUUUUACACAUGCCCUGACUGCAAGCAAAUCUUUUAUUUCCCUGAAGACCUCAACAAACACCUGGAAGAUCAUGUGAAGGAAAACAGUGGGACGUGUCCCAAAUGCAACGAGAGGUUCGGGAGUGCGGAGGAACUCGAGACCCACAUGCAGGUUCAUCGGAAGUCUUUUCCUUGUGGUACCUGUGGGAAGAAGUUUAAAGUGGAGUAUGCACUGAAGAAACACGAGGAGAGUCACCAGCAUGAUCAGUAUUACUGUUCAUUGUGUCAGAAACACUUCAUGAAGCUUUCUCAUUAUAAGAGACACGUACAGGUCCACGACAGACGAGAAUCCAGAUGUCCGCACUGCAACGACGUCUUUCUAAAGCUUACAGCUUUCAAAUAUCACCUUCGGACGCACACUCUGGAAAGGCCGUACCAGUGCAGUUGCUGCAUUGAGACCUUCGAGCAGGAGGAGGAGUUGGAGCAGCACUGCCUCAAACACAGGAAGUUUAAGAAAGAGAGGCCUUAUUCAUGCACACGCUGUGACCUUGCUUACUCAACUUUGGUGGAACUGACUGAGCACAUGAUCUCUCACGAGGGAGAGCAGCCACAGACCUGUCCCUUUUGUGGCAAAACCUUCCUGAACAAGAACAAGCUGGAGCGGCACAUAAGUAUCCAUACCGGUGAGAGGCCCCACCUGUGCUCCAUCUGCGGCAACGGCUUCCCUUCGGCCGCCAGUCUCAAGCUGCACGUCUUCAUUCACACCGGGGAGAAACCCUUCAAGUGCCUGCAGUGCAGCAAGAGUUUCAGCUCCUCCAGCGGCUUGCGUCUCCACAGCAGGCAGCACAUGGAUGAGCGGCCCAGCUAUGAGUGUCCGGAGUGUGGCAGGACGUACGGCCGCCUGACAGAGCUGAAGAUGCACCAGCGCUACCACACCGGGGAUAAACCGUACGCAUGCACCUGCUGUAGCAAACGCUUUAUUAGCAAAGACAAGCUGAACGUUCAUAUGAGAACGCACACGGGAGAGAGACCCUUUUCCUGCCCUCACUGUGGGCAAACUUUUACACAAACUGGGGACAGAAACAGACACAUCAGUAAAUAUCACCCUAUGAUCUAAUUAAUCUGCAGGAUGUUUCCUGUGAAAAUUACAUUAGUAGUUUUGCAUGCUUGUAGGUAUACUUUUAGGACUGUAGUUGGAUUCACUGUCAUAUUAUUUGAGAACGUUCAAGAAUCCAAAUUGUAUUGGAAGCAUGUCUUCAAUAAACGUAGUGUGUGUCCACAGGUAAUCCUAAACACAAGAACUGACUGAUGUAGAGCUUGAUAAUUGAAAGGUGCUCUGCUUUUCUGAAGCAAUAAACUAGUCACUGACUAACUAGUUUAUCUCAACUUAUUUUAUAAACAUUUUAUAAUGAAACAGUUGUUCAAGAAAAUGUUUUUUCAAACAUUUAAGAUGCAAAAAUCCUAACAGAUAACUGUUUCUAAAUAUUAAAAUAUUGAAGAAUAAUGAUCCUCUUGUGCUAAUUAAAGCCUAAGGACAAAUUGUUCAGUACAAGAUUUCAAACCUAUUGUGAUGGAGGGCUAUAGGUAAAUUAGAUUCCAUAGAUGUAAUGAGAAAAUGUUUUAUUUCAGGCAUUAGAAUCUUUAUACUUAACUUGGACUUGGAAAACAUGACUUAUAAACAUAUCUGAUGGAGCUACAACUACACCCAGAACAUAUAUAUAUAAAUAUAUAUCAUACAAAAGUUAUUUGUUUAGUAAGCAUGUCAUCUAGUGACUGUAAUAAAACACUACAUUGAACAAUCUGGAAGGAACUUAAGGAACUGGAGAAACUGGGCAGAUGAUCAAAUGGAGGGAAAUUGCAUUUAUUUUUCUUGUUGAUUUUGUUUCCAACAUUUUAUGUUAAUUUUGCUUCCUUUAACAUUUUAAAUUUGCUUGUGGGGUUGCUAUUUCAGCAAGUAUUUUAUUACUGUUUUAAGAUGUCAUAAAAAUAAAACUCUUAAUUCACACAAACAUCAUCUUGUGUUGAGGUCAUGUUUUGUAAAAGAUAAGUAUUUUUGGCUUGAUGACACUGGAUCAUUUUUUAGUAAUAUUAUUUUGAACUAUCACUACUUGAUUGAAAUUUGUGGAUGCUUUCAGUAAUGAAAAACAUGUUUUAACCAAAAUCCACCAUACACACACCUACAGUUUAUUAUAGAGAUCUCUUUUUAUACACCAACUUUCUACUGUGCCUUUUAUGCCAUUUAUAGAUCUAACAUGGGUGCCCAAAGUCGGUCCUCAAGGGCCGGCAUCCUGCGUGUUUUAGUUCUCUCCAUGGUUUCACACACCUGGAUCUAAUGAUGGCUCAUUAGAAGGCCUAAGAAGAACAUUGACAUGCUGAAAAGAUUAUUACCACCAGGGAGAGAACUAAAACAUGUAGGAUGCUGGCCCUCGAGGACCAACUUUGGGCACCCCUGAAAGAUGCAGUAAAACAUAUUAUCAUGACCUUCUAAGUUCCAAAACCAAAAUAUUGUCCUAGAUAAGCCAUGGAUGGCAACAGGUGGUUUGGUUCUCGAACACAUGUCCAACUUGUUCUUCCAAAAGAAUAGAACUAUAUAUUUUUAUGUAGUUAAGAGAUAACUAAAAAUAUAAUUAAACUUUAAUGAAAACAAAAGUUGGCUUAAUCUGAUGUUUCAAUUUCAAAAAGAGGUAAAAAAAAAAAAAUAUCAAUCUCCUGUCCCGACUCCCGUUUCCUGCCCCGGUGUGUUCUUAAUCUCUUAAAAUAAUGGAAGGGUCUCAAUGGUACCAAAGUAAUCUAAAUUAAAUUAAAUUAUUUAAUUUCCCCGUAGGAUUAAUAAAUGAUUUUUUAAUUUGAAUUGGAUUAAACAAUAGCAAAAAUAAAAAUUACUUUAAAAUGUUUAUUCUAAACUGUCUAAAGUAUAUUUUAACUGUCCAAAGACAAACUAAAUCGACAGAACUUUUAAUUUACAAAGUCUUAUACUAUGUCACUGGCCGGCCCAUGCCCUUUUUUAGAGAUGUGCCGAUCAAUCGGCCACUGAUCAUAAUUGGCCGAUUUCCGUGAAAAAGUGUAUGAUCGAUGAUCUCCAAUCACUGACUGUUGUUGCCGAUCACCAAAACCGAUCACCUGCAUCUGACUUUGCAGCCUGCGUGUGCUGUGACCUUGCCUGGCAGGUAAUAAGCACAAUCGGAAUCGGCUGCAAAAAACCUGAUCGGAGCAUCCCUACUUUUGAUUUAUUAAUUAUUGUAAUUAUUAGUUUAAUAAAUUUUGUAAUGGAAAAAUUGAUUUUGAAAUGCACUUUAUUCUGCUGAAAUGUAUUUUAUAAUUGUGUGUUUUUUAUUUUAGUCUAUAAUAUACCAGUAUUUGCCCAUAACUUAAUAUUUUUCUAUCUUAUGACAUCAUUGUUAUAUGUUAAAAUUAUGCCAUUGUAAGUUUUUUGACCACCACUUAAGUCACACUUUUAUGAAAUACUGUUUUACUCUUGCUUGAGUAAUUUUUUGAAUGGCAUCUUUUUACUUUUAACUUAUGUUGACAUGUUGCUACUUUUUCUUAAGGAAAAUUUGGGAACUCUACGCAGUUCUGACACCAGGUAAAAAGUCUUUAUGCUUUGAAAAAUAAGGAUAAUUAUAAAUAAAUCAAAUCCAUUCAAGAUGAAAAGCGAGAGUAAAAGUGUGCCGUUUGGCUUAGCGCCACCUCGUGUGAAUUCAGUGAGGAGAAAUGUCAUUGUUGAUUCUAAACAAGUAAUUUUAAGAUGAUCAGUCAUAUUUUGUAGUUUUCCUAACAGUAUUAACAUGUUUUAUGUAUACUAUCACACAAUAAAGGGGAGCCUUCUGUACAA